ACCACAUAUACAACCAUUUAGUCAUACAUUUUUUGUGCUAUUUGGAAUGUCUACCACAGCAUGCGCUCAAUAUUUCCAGGGAAUCGGCCCCGCCCGUUGGGGAGUUAUCGUCAGUUGUUCUCAUCUCUGAAGGGCUUGGACAUUCCCGGAAGAUGCCUGUUCCCACUUUUAUCUCCCCGUGCUGACGCCUGUCGUAAUAUCAACACAGCACAGGAGAAAUCAAACUCUACUCAAGCCAAACCCAAACUUUAGCAUGUAAAACCGCCAUUUUCUCUUUUGCAACUUAAUCUAAGUACAUCGUGUUUGAAGCUUUGAGUUGUCUGUAAAAUCGCACCUGCGACUGCGUAACGGUUUAGUAAAAUAAUUUCACCGUCGCCUUGAUACCAGCUUGUUUAACGUUUAGAUAACCUAGAGCGCCAAACCCAACUUUGACACACGCAAAUGACACUUUAUCCAUUACGUUUACAAUAUAUAUGGACUAUUUUGUGCUUUUUAAGAAAUGGGCUAUGAUGCGAACACUUAAAAACUUUUUUUUCAAAACGACUUUAGCUCAUAAACCUCUUCCGUCUCCUUUGGACUCGCGUCCUACUGCCAGGCUUCAGGAAAACUUUGGUGGCGGCCAGUUAUUUCCCAGGAAAAUGUGACUGCUAGGAAUUCCCCACGCAUCACCCUCCGCCGGAGAAAACUCGACCUUGUGUCAGCAAGUACACGAAAGCAGCAGGAGGUGGUGGAGUUCAGCCUGGUACAUGCGAUGACCUGCAGGUGGAACAUCCAAGGCGAUCUCAGACACCAAGGAAUCAGCUGGGGCAAUUCCAAGACACUUGCCCAGGAUUGGUCUGGAUGGAGACGACUUAUUGCUGCCCAAUGAUCCCCACGGAAUCGGUGGAUCUAAGUCUAAGUAAGUGUAGAUGCUUCAGGCGCAGCGGGGCCCAGCCUUCGUGUCAGAGAGGGACGAGGCUGCUCCCACCUGGGCCACAGGACUCCUCUGAAACUUGGCUCAUGGUCUCUCUCUCUCAGCGCAAUAACUGCUCAGAUUAGAAAACGGGAGGACAGGCGAGCCAUUUUGUGAGGUGAAACUGAGUCUGACUGCGCAGAGAAGGAGCUGGAGUAGUCAUAACCAGGAUAUUUUAGGCUGCCCUUUGACUUUUGAACUCCAUUACCAUGACGACCGCAGUACAAUCCAGCGAACUGGUGUUUGAAUUUGCCAGCAAUGGGAUGGACGAAAUCAAUCAGGUGUGCAGUUAUCUCUUCCCCACACCCGGGUCUGAAUCCUGUGGAGCAGGCUUGAUUCUGGACGACCCGUCAGUAUUCCCAGCGGUGAUCGUUGAGCAGGUUCCCGCGGCCGAUCUGUUGCAAGUGUACUCGGGCCUCGAGUCUGAUGAGGUGACCAAUGGUAUCAUGGUGGAUACCACUCUCCAUGUGGUUGAGGAACCAUCCAUUUUGGAAGGAGGAGUGGAUCUCACAGAAACAACAGUCUCAGGCACAGAGGACAGCAUGGAGACAAAUGAAGCAGCAGCAGCUCUUCUUAACAUGGAGUCUCCGAAUAACAUUUUGGAUGAGAAGCGUAUGCUUCACACCUAUGGCACUCUGCUUGAGUCGGACCUGCCAUACGCCCCACUGAGGCCUGACCAGAUGGACAAUGUUGCCCUUGAUAUGUCUGUUGAUGAGGACACUUCAUCUAUGGAUGAGAUUCCCCAAAAAUGCCCAUUAAAACCUCAGAAAAAAACCAAAGUGCGAAAGCCACGGGCGGUCCGUCCCUGCUCUCCUAUCACCACCCCUAACCUACCACUCAGGAAGAAGAGCAAGGAGGGCAAAGGCAAUACCAUCUACCUGUGGGAAUUCCUUCUGGCCUUACUGCAGGAUAAAAACACCUGUCCCAAAUACAUCAAGUGGACACAGCGGGAAAAAGGCAUCUUUAAGCUUGUGGACUCCAAGGCUGUUUCAAAGCUGUGGGGCAAACACAAGAACAAACCUGACAUGAACUAUGAAACCAUGGGAAGAGCUCUCAGGUACUACUAUCAGAGAGGCAUCCUGGCUAAAGUGGAGGGGCAGCGACUGGUCUAUCAGUUUAAGGAGAUGCCAGCUGAUCUCGUGGUGAUUGAGGACGAAGACACGGGCUCUGAUGCCAAUGUCGGCUAUGGGAACCAAAGGUCGACCAACGGGCGGUCUGUGGUUCGUGGAGCGUCCAAAGGCCACGGAAGAGCUCAUGGUCAACACCAAGUCUCAGUAAAACAGAUGAAGAAAGAGCUGAAUGAUGAAUCUCUCUACCAGGAAGCUAACGGUGGACAGGCUGAGCAGCUCCUUCAGUCGGUUCAUAUGCUGCACCAAGGGGCAGGAGUCCAAGAAACAGCACAAGCUUUAAGGACCAUUAGCACUCCUGCAUCAGUUCCUAUGGUCCUGACAUCUUCCGGCUCUCUUCAAUCUGUUCCCCUCACUGUUCUGGCAAAUGGGGACUCCAGCCACUCCUCUUCUCGGGUUAUUCUCCACACCAUGCCCUCCACAACAGCAUGUGGUAAAGAUGUGCUUACCAUCCAGACGGCCUCUAUAGCAGGUGGGGCUAACAGCCUGCAGGAUGGCCUCCCGCAGCAGCUCUUGGUCACCAGUCUGGGCUCGUCUGCCUCCUCCUCCUGCACUUCCCCUCCAGGAGUCAUUAGUUCCACCGCUUCCAACCUCAAUGGUCUCCCCCGCCUUGUCACCAUUAACACCACCUGCGGGCAGACCAUGGUGGCACAGCAGCCCGGCACCGUAAUUGCCACUGUGCUCAAAUCUAGCGACCUCUCAGGGCUGCAGGUCAAAGAGGAGAUGCUGGACCCCAGCUACUUUCAGUCGAUGGUGAAUGGUGAUCCAUCACUGGCUGCACAUACAUUUGAAAAAGAAGAGAUGGAAGCAGGGGAGGCAGAGCUGCAGUACAGGACUGUUAUCAUUGAUACCAGUCAAAGCCAGGGCCCGGAGGGUGCAAGUGAAACUAUAAUUAAUGGACAUUCCUCCCAGAGCAGCAGCCCUAGUGAAGGUCUGACCCCUGUGGAGGAGCUCGAAGUGCGUGGAGAGAUGUCCCUGCAGCCUGAGCAAGGAAUCAAAGGCCUGCAGGAGCUGCCAGUGUCUGUUCAAUUGCCUGCAAACUUUAUCCAGAUAAAGACAGAACCUGCAGAGGCUUAGUGCUGCAGGACUCUUCAACACAAGCUGAACCAAAAUUGAAACCAUUUUGACCCUGGACUUGGUAUUUUCUUUUCUUACCACAGUGAUCUGAUCGAAGAUCAAAACGAGGGAUCUUGCAGCUUUUAAAGGUUGGUCAGUUCAGGCUCAGGAUUUAUUGUUUACUCACAUACUUUGUGACCACAUUCGUAAUUUUAAAAAUCAAGGGAGUGCUUAGUUUUUUUGUUUUAAGAAGUAAUUUUUCAGAUUUAGGAUUUUUUUCUGUAGACAUAAUCCCCAACACACGUAGAUACACAUCCAUACGCACACAUGCACAAAAACAAAAUGCUUUUUCCUCUAGGAGAGCAGCCAUUGGAUAAACCAGGGAUCCCUGCCUAUCAAAUGUGCCAGUUAGUUUUUUGAGUCUUGUUUUGAUUGUUUUACUUUUCAUCUCACCCGACUCAUGUGUUUUAAAGGAGAAUGCAACAAACCAAAAACCGGGGACUGAUGCCAAAUGGUGCAAUGACAUGAGAUGUCUGACAAUGUGUGAGUUUAUGUGACCAUUAGACCACGUACAAGUUUCUUUUCGCAUGGAUGAGGAAAGGAUGUUGUGUCUGCUGGAAAAAGAAAAAGAAAAAAAACACAGACAAAACCCUCCCCCCCACACAUCUCGGAGAUUAAUUGAAGAGUGCCUUACCGGAAGUUCAAAUAGUUCAAGACUGUUUGCUGGAAAGAUCUGCGUAAGAGAUGAAAAUGGACUAAAUGGCUUCACAGACUUUGAGACUUCCAAGAAGUUAUUACUCAUUUAUUUUCAUAUAAUCAAAAUAGGUAUGCAUUCACUCUCUAAUACCCCUGGCCUUAAAACACUGUGUUACUAUGGAAAUGGGCAUUUUCUGUCCACCAAGGACAGUGUAACAUCAAAACUGUUUGUAUAAAGCUGCAGACUGGAGGCACAGCAAGAUAGGGCGGUACAAAUGGAGAGAAAGAAUACACAGGAUAAGACAGAUUUUAUCAGUCUCUGCCUCAGAGGCUCCAGGUUUAAGUCCUGUUCAUAUAAAAAUGGAAUAUAUAUGAAUCUAUAUAUAUAUAAAUAAUUGAAUAAAUAAAUAAAUAUAUAUAUAUAUAUAUAUAUAUAUAUAUAUAUAUACAUAUAAUAUACAAUUAAGAUUCAAUUUUAAGGCCACAGUGAAUUUAUUUAUUUUGUGAAUUCCUAAAUUCUGUGUAAAAAAAUACAGGCACAUUUGUUUUCUAUUUACAUGUAAAAACCUGAGGGGAAAUGCAAAGAAUAUGAACGUUAAUAUCAGGAGGCUUAUUUGGUCGUUUUUUGUAAGACCAACAUUUUGCAUUUGUAUAGCAUCCCAUAUAAUCAGCUUUGGUAUUUCCUUGAGUUUUGGACUCCAGUGCUCAGUGCAGCAUGAUUACUCCACUGUUAUAUUCUCUCAUAUCCUCUGAUUUAAACAUGUACUGAAUGUCCUUUUCAUUCCUUCUUAUCAGCGGACAUACCUCUUUACCUUUUUUUAACAGUCAAGCAGUCGAAACUAUGCAUUCAAGUACAUAUAUGCUGUGUGUGCUGUAUAAAGUAUCAAAUGCAACAAUCAAUAUGUCUUUGAAAUCCUGUCUCAAAUUUCGUCAGUUGUUUGGUACAAAGAAGUACCGGUGCUGUUUUUUUUUUUUUUUUUUUUUAAGCUUUGCUCCUUUUCUUCUCCUUUCUUUUCCUCUCCUCUCUCUCACCUCGUUACCUCUUGUCUGUUUUUUUUAAUUUUUUUCUGCUCACCUCCUCCUCCACUGCUCCUGGCUCGGGUCAGUCGAGUCUGUGCCUUCUUUAUUUGCUGUCCCACUUGGUUAAGAACCUCUCAGGCCAGCCAUCUGAUUGGCCCCUUGGUCCUGCUGGGGAUGAAGCCAUAUUGAUCCUGAGUGGUAUCACGGCUAAAUUGGUUGUAUUUUCCAGCCGGACUGUAGCUGCAGAGUGAGGACAUUCAGACAUACUGACCUCCAUCUGCACUGGCACCUAAGGACAGGAGUUAAACGCUACUUUACAACCUCACAUCAGCCAAAGGGCUCUGGGUCUGCAAAGACACUCUGAAUGUAUACUUAUUUUUAAAGUACAUACUUGUGCAGAUUUUUGACAGUCAAUAAGUACACUGGGUUAUAUUUGCAUUAAAAUCUGUCAGUCUUUUGGUGGGGAUUUGCUGCCUUGUUUGCUUUGUAUAUAUUCCUGUAUCUACCUUUCCUUUUCCUUCACGCACUGUUUUACUGUCUGUGAAAUGUUGAGGUAUGUCCACUGCUUAUGUUUUUGUUGCUUAUUUUUGACUUGGGUUAUCCAUGGCCUCUUUAUGCUGAAUAGAUAGAUUUUUAAGAAAACGUCAAUAUGCUAAUUAAAUACAAAAAUCUUAUCUCCUGA